AUGGCAAAGUUUACCGUAUUAGAUCAAGCCGAAGAAGACAAACUCCACGCCACUCGGCUGUUGGGCAUUGAAGAGCGUCCUUUCAAACGUUUAACUAAGCGACUCGUUGCACCGACGACGCCGAUCAAUGCGUUCCUUUCACGGCCCAGUUCAUCGGAUGAGACUACCGCAGCCACGGAUCCGGCAGAGCAACAUAAACAGUUUCUCAAGGAUAUCCACCGGUUUCGUGAAGAUGUGAUUCUGGAUUUCGCCGCAUUCGAGAGCAGCAUUGCGCGCAUACAAUUCCUCCGCAGCGCAAACGAGCGAGAGCGAGAGCGGUAUGCCGCUGAAAAGCUCAAAAUCGAAGCCACAGCCGAGGAGGUGCGAGAGAACACCACUAAUCUCCGCGUCCAAUUGGACGAGGCACAGAAAACGCUGGCGAUCCGUAAAACCUACGAUGUGUUGGCGGACAAGAUCACCCAGAAUCCGGCGCUGAAGCCGCGUGAUGAACAGCAUGUCAAUAUUGAGAAACUGAAAGCAGAGAUUGAAGAGCUGGAGCGCGAGGCACAGGAACACAAACAGGCCUGGCUUGAGCGCCGUGAGCAGCUGGCCAAAGUUGUGCACGAGGGACUGAAGCUGCGGAGGUUGAUGCGCGACGAGAAGGAGCCGGAGCGAGACGACGAGACUGAACAGACGCAAGAAGCCGGUGAGCACGAACACGAGCACGAGCACGAUGAUGACAACAUGCUGGGUGUGGGUUAUAGCAGAGAUGGCAUCUCAAACGCUGGCACUCCGCGGCCAAUUGACGACGCGUCAACUCCGUUGGCCACCGUACGUGGAAGUGGUGCAUUGACGCCCAGGUCGACGUUACCAGAGGGCAGAGGCACGCCACCUCAGCACGAGAGGGAUGAGGAUGUCGACAUGGACGGCGGUGCCGAUGUGGAUGCGGGCCCAGGCGCGGGAAAUGAAGAUGGACAUGCAGCGGCGAAUACCGCGGCCGAGAAGAUUGGGGACGGCAUGGACACGAGUUAA